CGAGGCCCGGCUCCCCGCCUGCGCGUCUGUCUCGCUCGCAUCGCCCUCGGGCUCCUGCUCCACGACGUGACCAUGGCCGGGCUGCAGGAGCUGCGAUUCCCGGAGGAGAAGCCGCUGCUCCGGGGCCAGGAGGCCGCCGAGCUGGAGAACUCGGACACCUUCCUCUUGGCUGUGGACGCAGACUGGAAGGAACACGACAUCGAGACGCCUUAUGGCCUUCUGCACGUGGUGAUCCGGGGCUCCCCCAAGGGGAACCGCCCGGCCAUCCUUACCUACCAUGACGUGGGCCUCAACCACAAGCUGUGCUUCAACACCUUCUUCAACUUCGAGGACAUGCAGGAGAUCACUAAGCACUUUGUGGUGUGCCACGUGGAUGCACCCGGUCAGCAGGUGGGGGCGUCACAGUUUCCUCAGGGGUACCAGUUCCCCUCCAUGGAGCAGCUGGCCGCCAUGCUCCCCAGCGUGGUGCAGCACUUUGGGUUCAAGUACGUGAUUGGCAUCGGAGUGGGAGCCGGAGCCUAUGUGCUGGCCAAGUUUGCCCUCAUCUUCCCCGACCUGGUGGAGGGGCUGGUGCUGAUGAACAUCGACCCCAACGGCAAAGGCUGGAUUGACUGGGCCGCCACCAAGCUCUCCGGCCUGACCAGCACUUUACCCGACACGGUGCUAUCUCACCUCUUCAGCCAGGAGGAGCUGGUGAACAGCACAGAGUUGGUGCAGAGCUACCGGCAGCAGAUCGGGAACGUGGUGAACCAGGCCAACCUGCAGCUCUUCUGGAACAUAUACAACAGCCGCAGAGACUUGGACAUUAACCGGCCUGGAACGGUGCCCAACGCCAAGACGCUCCGCUGCCCUGUGAUGCUGGUGGUCGGGGAUAAUGCGCCUGCUGAGGAUGGGGUGGUCGAGUGCAACUCCAAACUGGAUCCAACCACCACGACCUUCCUGAAGAUGGCAGAUUCCGGGGGGCUCCCCCAGGUCACACAGCCUGGGAAGUUGACUGAAGCCUUCAAAUACUUCCUGCAAGGCAUGGGCUACAUGCCCUCAGCCAGCAUGACCCGCCUCGCCCGCUCUCGCACCGCGUCCCUCACCAGCGCCAGCUCGGUGGACGGCAGCCGCGCGCAGGCCUGCACCCACUCGGAGAGCAGUGAGGGGCUGGGCCAGGUCAACCACACCAUGGAGGUGUCCUGUUGAAGCCCUCAGCCCCGUGAAGAUGCCCACCUGCCCCCGUCCUCCUCGACGUCCCACUGCCAUCCUCGCGCCAGCUCCUUUUCCCUUUAGUUUAUUUUUGUGAGGGCAAAGGGGAGCAAAUGGGGUUACUUCUCUUUUGUUUAAAAAGAUGAAGGGAGCCAUCUUAGAUGCUGCAGCAGAACGGUCUCCAGAUGGUUUGAGGGGCUCACUCCUCCCCCACUCACCUUGCUAACUUGCUUGGUUGACUUAGACCCCUCUCUUCCAACUCUCCACGGCCCGGGCACAGUCAGGGCAGGGGUCCUGGGAGGAAGGAGAUUAGCUAAGGAAAGAGAUGAGUCUUUCUCUGGCCAUGCUCCAGGAUAGUAUCCUGGAUUAAAGAGUGAGCAUGGACGACCCCCCCGGGCAGGCAGGUUUGAAGAUGGGACGGGGUUUUGGGUGGUGGGAUAGCAGGAGCACGAGGUCCAGCUCGGGCACUGGCAUGAGAGCCAGGUGUCUCCUGGCUGUCUGCAGUGGGGAGCCCUGGGAGGCAGGGAGCCCUGGAGCUCUGCAGGCCCCUUUCCCCUCACCCCUCCAUCAAACACCUGUUUCUGUUUUGUAGCACACGUGACAAUCAUCUGAACAGUGGCCACAAGGGGGUGCUCCGCAGGGCUGGUGCUGUAGGGCCAGGCAGGCAGAAGCUGAAGAGGGUUUUCCUGCCCAAGGAAGAUAGAAAAGGGAGGACCCUGAGGGCAGGAACCCCACAGACUGUUCCUUCCAGCCUACGCUCUCCACCACCUCCUGGCCUUGUCCCAUUCCUAGCCAGGACCCUGAAGCAGAAAGUCGCCUGGUCCUCCAUCUCCACAGGGACCAGACUUGGGGGCCGAGGUUAAAGGCUGGGAUAGCCUGUGAGUGUUGGGUGCACCCCUGAGAACUUGGUGGUGACUGCCUUUGGGAGCCAGCAGGAGCGGUGGCUGAGAGUUCCUGUAGACCCCUUUUUGCCCCCAGGUUCCAUGGAGGACAACCCAAUCAGCAGCAGCGUAGCCAAGGCCACCAGAAACGUGUUAUUUCUAGGGAAAGUUCUGGUCAAGCUGUGCCAGUGUGUCAUGUAAGCAUCACUAAGAAAGAAGAGAAAGUUUAUUUGGAGAGAACUGGUCCAGGGUAGCCAGACUUCGCAGCCCCACAUCACCAUCUCAGCCCGUUGGAGCGGGCUGGGCCUGGGGCUCGCUGGGUCCUGGGGUGGGAGGUGAAGGUUCCUGAAGAGAACAAGGGCCAGGCAGAGGAGAAAGGCUCCCCAUACACCCCAGCCCCCUCCUGCCGCCCGAAGCCCAGGACUGAACAAAUACUCCCAUCCACCCACCUUAUCAGGUAGAAUCUCCUGGCCCGGAAACCAGAAGCCAUUUGUCUCAGAGCCUAAAUCAGUUGCCACAAACCCCCAAACGAGUAAAGAUAGGGGGUGGGGGGGGGAGAACAAUGAAAAAUGCAGGGCUGUGGAGGGGGUGUGUAUGGGGUGCUCUGAGGCUGGAAGGACACCUGCAUCCCCAUUUCCUCUGCACACAUCACCCCCUUCUAUAAUCUUAAGCCAUUACUAGACUCCUCUAGAGCCCGGUGGAGUGUUAGUCUGCCCCCAGUUCUAUUCACUCACGUGCUUCCUUUGAGUAUUGAAUGUGACUGUUUGAAGAGCUGGUAGGAUUAAUCCCUGUUACUGUAGAUAGCGCUGCGAAUCUUGGAUUUUCUUUUUUGCCGUGUUCUUUCAGAUGAGAUACCUAUAAAUAUCUAUACAUUAUAUAUAUAUGUAUAUUGGGUCCUCCUGCGUGUGAAUUUCCAUUGGAAGUUGUCUUUUCUUUGGUCAAAGUGAACUUUUAACGGAGUUUAUUAUUUUCCUCUCUGUACAAAGUGAAGAGCCUAAUUUUGUGUAUUCUGGUGGCUGAUGUCAUGAGACUUUGAGAUGACAAAAUGUAAAACAAAUAAAAACUCUUGUCAAUGUAGAAAGAGUUAACUGUGCUGAAAAACUAAUAAAGAAACUAAGAAGAAUUCGAGUAUGGUGAUGCCAUGUCCAUCGUGG